AAAAACGGAUACAUUAGCGACUCGCUGCAGGGCGCCGUCCAUCCGUCCGUCCGGCAUGUCUUGUUUACAGAUGGUUUGGGAUACAGACCCAAGGUCCAGUUGAAGGCUAUAGAAAAAAACUCCCAUCCCUGCGAAAGAAAAAGACUGUCAGGAACAGGAAAAGACUGAGUGAAAGGGAUGUUGACUUUUCCCUCUGACUCGCUCUCCCAAAUAGUUUUUCCAAUGGAUGAAGAUGCUAUUCCCCCAAUUCCUGUCUGUAGUGCACCUCCCCUCAGUGAACCUCCAUCACCCGUCCUCCCCCUUUCCUCAAUCACCCCCAGCUUUGGAAAUGAUGGUCCAUCUAGACAAAGGAGGAGGGGUUGCAUUCAAGAAAUCAGAGCCAGAACUCAGAAAAGGCUGGAAAGCGCAGACAUCAAAGCUGCCCAGAACCAACCUGAAACAAAUCCGUCCUCAACAAAGAAGCAAAGGGAGAGCACAAAUAUGGUGCAAGCAUCACAGUCAAAUCUACUUGGAGUUGGAAAGACUCAUGUACAUGAGAAACCAAACAAGGUUGGAUUUUCUAUCAGUUUUACAGCGGAGCACCAAAAUGAGCUGAAGAACUCAAAUGACCCAGAAAAUGAGGCCGAUGUCUCUCCUUUGGAAGAUGUCUUGGAACCAUUGCAAGAACAGAUACCACAAAAUCCUGAUGUGACUAAAGCUGACGUGGACACAUGUCGGGAUUUAACAGGUGGUGACCUUAGUAAAGACACCUCUGUCUCAAGGGGAUGGGUGAUCGUCCCGUUUUUUGAGUCCCUAAAAUCAAAGAUGACCAGCUUCACUGAGAUUGUGAUGACUCCAGUUAAACUCUUCAGAGCCAGUAGUCCUCCACCACCCACGGUUAAGGAGCUGGAGGUCAAAGGAGAAACUGAUGUCAAUGAAUCCGAGCAAUGCAAUAAGUUUAGUUCAGAAGCACAAUUUCUUACCAGCCAGCAUGGCCUCAUUGACUCCUCAGAAACAAAGAGUGCUGCAAAUAUUGCACCCAAAUAUGCUAAAAGACUGAUGUUUGAUGAUUCAGUAUGUAGGACUGAACAGCAUUUAGAAGAUGCAAUAAGUGAAAAAGGUACACCCGUACCUGAUGUAGUGCCUUUGGUGCAUGAUUCCUUAACCUGCAUAGAUUCUGAAGGAGUUGCUGAACUUUGGGGAUCCUCCGUCCUGUUACAACCUUCAUCCAAAGUAUGUGCCUCAAAUGAAUCAAGCUUAAAAGUUUACUCUGCUGUGGAGGAUCCGAAAGGCAAACUGUCCAGUUUAAAACCACUCUUGAGACAAGAUACAGGAAAUGGAUAUGAAUCAGUGGAGGAUGACUCUGCGGACAGAAAUCGACUGAUUAAACUACAGCUCAACAGUGACGAGACUGCUAAUUUAGAAGGUUGCAGCCUGGUUCGACAAAGCCUCAGCACAAAUAGAAGCCCACUGAAGCCUUCUGUAGAUACAGAGCAGAUGGAGUGCCAACAAAUCCCUGAGAUGCAUUCAGUGUCAAACCUCGCACUAGCCAAGAGGGGGCUGAAGCACAACUGUGCUUCUCAACAAACUCUAGAUAGGAAAAACAAGGCACUGCCUGUGGAUGUCUAUGGAUUGCAGGGGACAAGAGCUCCCAGAAAGAGGGUUGCAGUCAUGCACAGUAUUGCAGGUGUAGAGGAAACUCUAAAACCUGACGACAAAAGACGGGCUGUGUCAACAAGAGCAAACACAAAAGGAAAAAACGAACAGGACAACAGGAUGGUUUGCUUAUUGGAUGACAGUAUUAGUGAGUCACACCAUUCAAAGUCUAAAAAAGCAAAGCUUAGUAGUCCACGCAAAAGACUGCAAACAAAAACAACUCUUAGUAAAUUUGAUGUAAGCAGUGCUGAUAUUAUGAAUGUUGAGACUGCCGUGCCUAUCCCCCCUGCUAAACAUGUGAAAAGGCAAUUAUCUGUAGUCCUUGUACGCCCUGCAAUGAAGGACCUCCAGCACUUAAGCAAGUGUGGGAAUACGAAUACGAAGCCGUUAAAACGCAAAACGCCAAAUCACAAAAGUUUAGAAGCUGAAUCUGAGAGAAUUUUGGUGCCUGUCUCGUUGCUUGAUGGACUGGAACCUAUGAACACAGACAAUAACUCCGCUCUAAGUGAUCAAAGAGAAGAUGCAUCAACCAGAGGAGCACAGGAACCAUCUAAAAGGCUCAAGAACAGUCUGCGAAGUGCUGUUAAGCUCUCAGUCUUAGCUGAAACUCAAGAGAAAAUCAAAGACAGCCAGCUAAACAGUUGCAGAGGUAAAACAUCUGAAGUCGGAGUAUUUUUGGGAAUGAAACCUGAAAAUAAUCUCCAACAACCAAAUUUGAAACUUCCUCUACGCUAUUCCGGACGGUUGAAUAAGGAGGAUAGAGUUGUUACAGAAAAGAAACGGAAGAGUUCAGCUUCCAUGGCAGCUCAGAAUUUUCUCAAAGACUCAAAGACUGAAUUCAGCAGCUGUAGUCCUAACCCGAAGAUCAGACAUGUUAACACUAGGCAACGAAGAACAGAUAACCAAAGAAGGAGAUGCAGGGUUUUGCAUAACAGGACUUGUAAAACUGAAGAGGAAUCCAGAUCUAUCACGGUGGAGGAUGCAGAUCUGGCUUCCUCACAUGUUCACGCAUCACAAGAUAACUUUUCAAGGCGACUCUUACGCAGCUACUCAUGCCCAGACAUCCUCAUCCUCCAUUCUGAUGAAUCACCCUGGACUUCUUCUCCACAUUCACCACAUCACAGGGCUCAUGCAUCUCACCACUACCAUCAUCACCACGGCCAUUUGAAUUCCCACGCUCAGAGGUCCCUUAGACGGGAACGUCGGCACACAGUUUCCAGUGUGGAGGUGGAGAGGGAGAUUGCCCCUCUCUGUCUUCGGAAAGAGGUGUACCCAUCAAGAAGAUCUGCCUCUUGCGAAUCCAUGACCCAUCACCUGUCACCUACUCACACACAUUCCCAUUGCAGCUCCCUCACCGCUCUUGCCUCCUGCUUCCUCUCAAGCCCUCUGGCUUUCCUUUCCAAAAAAUUUGAAUGCAGGGGAACUGCUACCAGCCCCAAUACUUCUUGCCGUGUUCCCUCGCCACCCCCCUUCCUCUUCAUGUUCCACCACGUGGCAUUCUCCAGGUUUAACUCUAGGAUCUAAAGCUGCUACUGUUUUGGAAUCCAGCAGCAGUGAGAAUCCGGCAGCGUACGAGACGGAGAGGAGGCAGCAAAGCGAAGAGGAGGAUUAUGGCGAAGACACCAGCUCCUCCGGUCAGGAGUUUGAAGAUGCUGGGUUGAGAGAGGAAAAAGCUCUGUCUGACUCUGAGAUUAAA